UGUUUUGUGUUUUAUUAUUUUUCCAUCCACAAAAAAAUAAUAAUAAAUUAUUUUCAUAAAUGUUAUUCAUUUCGUUACAUUAAAAACAACAUAAAAAAAACCAUUGAAAUAAAUCCAUAAAUAAAAUAAAUCAUCCAAAAAAUGUCGUCGGCAAAUUUGGCCAAUCUAAAUGUGGAUGCAUUAUUUGAACAACAUAGCAUCGCCGAAAUUGAUAUUGUCCAAAAGAAAAUCCAAACUGAAGUUGAAAAGAAACGUGAAGAACUUCGAACGAUGGUUGGAGAACGCUAUAGAGAUUUAUUAAAAGCUGCUGACACAAUUGCCACGAUGCGAGAAUCUUCCUCAGAACUUUGUAAUCAAAUUGACAACAUCACAACAAAUUGUCGUAGUUUGAAUGAAAAACAAUUGAUUGGCUUUAAAACAGCCGACACAGAUGCAAUUAAAUCCCGUUCAGCUAACAAACAAUUGAACAAUUAUUUUAGCACUGUUGUGCAAAUAAAAUUACUUACAACUUUGCCAGAAAUGAUUUGGUCACAUAUCGACAAUGAGCGAUUCUAUUUGGCUACAGAAUUGUUUAUAUUCAGUCGACAUAUUUCCACUGGAUUGCAAUUGGAUGUUAAUAACACUUUGAUGCAAUAUUUCCCAGUGGCAAAGAAACAAUGGGAAAUAUUGAAGCCAUUCCAUUUGACAAUAAAACAAAGUGUCUUGGCGACAUUGGAACGGGAAGAACUCUCACCAGAAGCAGCAACUGAUUGUUUAUUGAGUUUGUUGUUGUUAGAGAAGGGAAAUCUGAACGGAAUAUUGAAGACAUUUGUUCAAUUGAGAUGUUCGGCAUUUCUUAGUAGUAUGAUUAAUGAAGGAGGCGAUCAGAAACGAGUCAAGGAUAGGAUAUUGGGAAGUUUGAGAGUGAUUAACUCGACUGUUCAACUUGUGCACAAGUGUUUUUUUGAAAACAACAAAGGCUUAGUAUCGAAAAAGCUUGAAGAACUUGAAAACGCCAUGCCAACAAUCACUCACAUCGAUUGUCAUGAUUCACAAUUCGCCUACUUGUUGCCCGAUAUUAUUGCAAAUUUUCGACCCAAAUUCGAUUCAUUGACCCUCAAUGAAGACCAAGUUAAAACAACCAUUGAAACAUGGUUAAAUGAUAGCUCCAACAUAGCUGCAGUCCAUUUGAAAACUCUCUUCAACCUGGUCUCAUCAAUGAAAAUAAUUCAAGAAAUCAAAAAAGAAUCAGUUGCCGCCUUCAAACAAGAUCCCAGCUGGAGUUAUAUCUGUGAGCGAUUUGGAAUUGCCCAAAAAUUAGAUUUCUAUGAAUUUCAAUACAAGCCGCUGAUAAAUCAAAGAAUUCGUGAUAUAAUUCGUCAGUCUUGGAUCAAGGCCAACAAUGGUAUUUUCAAGAGAAUCGAAAAAAUCCUCAAAACAAAUCGAAAAAUCAACAAUGAUUUGUGGAUUGAGAAUGCAUCCGAUUUGCCAAUGAGUCUUAAAGAUGCUUUAAGUGAGGAUAAAAAGAUCAAGAAACUUCUGAUGAAAUCGAAAGGAUACGAUGUGGAAAUGAUUUCGAUUUGUUCAGAAUUCAAUGAUCAAUUGGCUGCGAUUGUUUGUGAAAUGAAUUUACUACUCGACGAACAAGAAACCAAAUCCGAUGAGAAGCUAUCGUUGGUGGAGUUUCUCAAGGAAACUAGCGAGGAGCAAAUUCAAGAGCUGAUGAGUAAUGUAAAGAAUGCAAAUUGUGAUAAACAGCUGCAACAGUUGCUGUUCCUAGUGCGCCUGUUGGCUGCCAUUGUUGAAUUGUGUCCAAAUUUACGAGCUUGUUUGUCACAAUCGUAUCAUGAUCCAACAAGUUGGGCCACACAACCGGUGGCUGAGAAGAAAACUCUGGAAAAUUGGACUAGGAUGUGUAAUUUGUUGGAAGAGGAAGGAUUUGUGAUGUGGAAGCGUGUCUGUGAGUUGAUUUUGGAUGAGAAUCCAGUGAUUGCCAAGCGAACUGGACAUGAAACUAUUCUGGAAGAUUUUGCAAAUUGGGAAACAGUAACAAUCGAACAGAAAGACGAACAAGACAAUCCAGUGCAAUCGACAUUCCGCAUACCAAGUCAGCCGCGUAUAUCUCUGCAACAGUAUUUGUUCUCUGUCACUAAUGCACUCAACUUGUACAUUCCACAAACCUUGCCGCAAAAAGUUCUUCACGUUUUCAACUCACUGUUGACUCAACGUCUUUUAGAACACUACAAGUCUCUUGUUGAGGAUGAUAAAUUCACUGCUUCCAGUCAAAAUACCGCCCUCCAGCUGUAUUAUGACGUGAAAUUCCUUCAAUCGGUAUUCACCAGCAGAGAUGAUCGUUCGAUUGUCGAUGAAUUCAAUUCGAUAACGAAUCUUCUCAAGGAUUUCAUUGAUCCAUUUGAUUUUGAAUUAUUUAGUGAGCAUAUAUCGAUGAAUGUUAAGAAAUCUGUUACCAAAAUGCACUGUCAAUUGGGUGUGAUUAUUCCUCAUUUGUUGCAAAAUACCAGUUCGAUUGUUCAGCAGGAGAAGGAUCCAAAUGUUUUGACACUCAGUUCGAAUGGUUCGACUUCGAUUUGGUUUCCAUUGUUGCCUAUUAUUACACCGGGAUCAACGGGGAAUACUGUGAGUGGUGGUAAUAAAUCAUCGACAACUCCAAUGCACACAGAAGCUGAAAAGGACAUCAGGUCCUUUGAGUAGCGUAUAAUUGUGCAUCAUAAGAAAAAAAAAAAUACUUCUUAUCAAACACCAACAAGGAAAGCAAAUCGCAAAACAGAAUCAUCACGAGGUCAUAAAACUGGAGCUGCUGCUUUCUUUGGGGCAAUGUCACAAGAAUGGUUCCGAUAGCCGUCAUCUAAUCAAUCAUUAAGCUGCAUAGAAAAAUCC